CGAGUCAGUUCGGCGUCUGCUGACAUCUGACUGCUAACAGCAAAACAAGCGGGAAGAAAGACGAUAAUUCGUUUUGAUUGCCUUAUAAAGGUCUAAUUUCACCACCGUGUAUUGCGCAACCCAAAAAAUAAGGAUUUUAUUUUACUAAGCUGCUCACCACUGCUGUACUGCUACCGUGAUAGUCGGUACUUGCCAUGGAGGAGGAUCGCGAUGAUGGUGGCAGCAGCAGAGGGACAGCAGAGGAUAGUGAAAUGAUGGAUGUCGCUGAGGAUGACAAAGAGGAGAAGACUGAUGAUGACCCUUCUGGUGAUACUGCUGGGAAGCAGGGGAGGGAUGGGCAGUGUUACUGUGGUAAAGACCGCAAUUUAAAUAUAGCCGAGCUUCUAUGUGCAAGUUGUGGGCGCUGGUUUCACGAGUCCUGUAUUACCUACCAGCUGGGAAAGCUUGUGCCUUUUAUGACUAAUUACACAUUCUUCUGUAAAAACUGUUCAACGUCCGGGCUGGAGAGUUUCAAGAAGACUCAAGCAGCAUUUCCACAAAUGAUUUUAACUGCUUUGGGUAAUUUGACUCAAAAGAGUGUAAAAGCAGGUAAUUCAAGAACGCAGUUUUCGAAAGAUCUGGAUAUUAUACCUUUCAUUGAUCAGUAUUGGGAGGCAAUGACUACUAUGUCACGCCGAGUUACCCAAUCUUGGCACACCACAAUUCAUCGUGCUCUUUUGAAAGAUUCUGGAACACUCUUUGACUGUGAAGGAAAUGCAACAGACAAAGAGACAUUCGGACUGAAACAGCCUAUCACAGAAAUAAAACCGAAUUAUGAGGCUAUGAUAAAAAGUGGUGCAUUGAAGAUGACUGACGUUGGAGUUCAGCAAGCCAGGGAUUCUACUACUGCCAAAGGGCGAGGAACUAAGAGGAAGCUGCCAGAUCAAGGGGGUGGAACUGUUGGAAAAAGAGGCCGUCAACCUGCUGGAGAAGGUGCUCCAAAGUUACCAGCCCAUGGAUAUCCUCUAGAACACCCUUUCAACAAAGAUGGUUAUAGAUACAUUCUUGCAGAACCUGAUCAGCAUGCUCCAUUCAGACAGGAGUUUGAUGAAAGCAGUGAAUGGUCAGGAAAACCUAUUCCUGGAUGGUUGUAUCGCAUGCUCAGCCCUAGCCAGGUACUCCUUGCUCUUCAUGACCGAGCACCACAAUUGAAAGUAUCGGAGGACCGCCUAUCAGUAACGGGGGAAAAAGGAUACUGUAUGAUCAGAGCCACCCAUUGUGUCAGCAAGGGUCAGUGGUACUAUGAAGUGACAAUCGAUGAGAUGCCUGAAGGGUCAGCAACUCGUUUGGGUUGGGCUCAGGAGUAUGGAAAUUUGCAGGCACCACUAGGCUAUGACAAGUUUGGCUACUCCUGGAGAUCAAGGAAGGGCACAAAGUUUCAUGAGUGUCAUGGAAAACAUUUUAGCACAGGAUAUGGUGAGGGUGAUGUUCUAGGUUUUCUUAUAAUUCUUCCAGAAGUAAAGGAUCGCAACUAUAUGCCCUCUGUAUAUAAAGAUAAGCCCUUAGUGAAAUUUAAGAGCCAUUUAUAUUAUGAAGAAAAAGAUCAAGUACAAGACACACUGAAAAAUUUAAAGCCUUUACCUGGCAGCAAAAUAAUUUUCUUCAAAAAUGGUGAAUGUCAGGGUGAGGCCUUCACUGAUCUUUAUUUUGGAUCAUACUUUCCUGCUGUAUCUGUACAUAAAAGUUGUACUGUUACUUGUAACUUUGGCCCUAACUUCAAAUAUCCUCCCACCGACUAUGAGUUUAGAGGAAUGCAUGAGAAGGCAGAGGAUGCCAUUGUUGAACAGAGCCUUGCUGAUAUGCUGUGGCUUACAGAACAUGAUGGUAAAUUAAGACUUGACACCUUUUGUACUUGAUCAAGUUUCAGCAAACUUCAGAAAAAUAUUUUAACAAAAUGAAUGUGUAAGAUUUAUGUGGUCUGAAAUAUAAGAAAAUUAACUUGUCCAAAGAA